AUGGUGGAUUUUUCACAAUUAGCACAGAAUAGCUAGACAUAAAAUAUUCAUAAUUUAUUUUUGGCCAAGCUUUAAUGGGCGGUGCUAUUCAUUUAACUAUACAAAAUUAUGGAAAGCUAGAUAUAUUUAAAAGUACCUUUUAAAACAAUAUUGCUUUCAGCUAAGAUGAUUUAGAAACACAAGGAGGAGCAAUUUACAUUGAUGCAACUUAUUCAAGAACAUUUGAUAUCUUCGUAAUCAGAUCAGAGUUUUCUAAUAAUUUUGCAUUUAAUACUGGUGGAGCACUAAAUAUUAAGUCAUUAUGCUAAAAAGGUGCUGUAAUAAUUUAGAAGAGUUUUUUCUUAGAUAAUUUUUCUAGUUAAGGCAGUAGUAUCAAUAUUUAAAAUUAUUUUGAUUCAUAAGCAAAAAUUGUUCUUUCAUCUGUUAAAAUUAACAAUUAGAUUUAAAAUACUUCUAAUUUACUAGAAUAACUUAGUAAUGUUCUCAAUUAAUACAAAACUUAAAUAAUUUAAUCCUCUGAACCUUCAUAAGUUUAUAUUGGAUAGGCCAGCAAUAUAUAAAUUUUAUUCUCAAGAUUUUAAAUAGUUCCAAGCUAAAACAUUAACGAUUAACAAUCUUAAUUCAAAGAGCUUCUAUAUUAAAAGCUUUUAAUAAUAAAUGAUGCUCAAAAUUAUUUUGAUCUAAACAAUAUUUAUGAAAAGAGUGUGUUCUUUGAAAAUUUAAUCAUGGUAAAAAAUACUUAAAAUAUUUACAUGUAUGAUACUUAGAUAUCAAAUAAUUAUAAUAUCAAUAAAUCUUUUUAGAAAUAAGGAUAGAAUAUAUAAAACAUCGCUUUUUUAAGUAGCCAGACUUGCUUAAUUUCAAAUUUGA